AAGCUCUUGAUGAUUGUAUUGUUCAGCCUCAAUUGAGCUCUUCCUCUCGUCUUCUUCGAAUAUAUCCAUCUCCCUAAACUUUCACUAUUGUUUUUAUGCCCAAUGGCUUCUUUGCUGCCAGCGAGCCAGGCCCCUUCGCAGAGGCAACCGAGUCCGGGCACAGAACGCAAUGAAUUCUUCGUCCCCGUAAAGGCAGGCCCCCACAGGAGGCGCAAGAAGUUCAUCUUGUGUUUUGAUGGGACGGGGAAUAAGUUCUCGGGAACUGACUCUGAUUCCAACAUCCUAAAAAUCUACCGGAUGCUUGACCGGAAUGACGAGAGUCAAUUCCACUAUUACCAGCCUGGCAUUGGUACAUAUGUGGUGUCAAAGUCUUAUUCGCAUACCAGUCGCAUUGACCGCCUCAAGUCUUGGUAUGCGAAAGCUAAGGAUUCUGCGGUUGGGACAUCGUUCGAUGAACAUGUAAUGGCAGGCUAUCGAUUUCUCAUGCGCUACUACAUUCCUGGUGAUGAUAUCUAUUUCUUCGGAUUCUCGCGUGGCGCAUACACUGCUCGCUUUCUGGCUGAGAUGCUCGACCAUAUCGGCCUUCUCUCAGCCGGAAACGAAGAAAUGUGCCAUUUUGCGUGGAAGACCUUCCAGAAAUGGCAGGUUCGACAAGAACGCACCGAGAAAGAGAAGGAUGAUAAGAAAUACCUUCUGGAUUUCAUGUGUGCUUUUCGCGAGACUUUUAGCCGGCCUGUUCGUCGCAUACGAUUCCUAGGUCUCUUCGAUACUGUCAACUCCGUCCCGAGAUUCGAGAACGCGUGGAUGCAAAGGAGCAAGUUCCCAUAUACCGCUCGCAGCUCUGCCAAAGUAGUCCGGCACGCGGUCGCCAUCGAUGAACGACGCGCAAAAUUCCGGCAAGACCUGAUAUCGGAAACGAAGCCAAAGAAGACGCAUCACUACCAUCAUCGACGCCAGCGUGUCUUGCACCCUUUCAAUCUUGCGGCCAUUGACGAAGUAGAGCAACAAACCCGAGGCAGGCCAAGCACAGACACGCAUCGUUAUAACCCAUCGCGUCGUGGUACCCUAAUGCCACCCGAGAAUGAAAUAUUCAAAGAUGGAUCAGACACGAGAGGUAUCCGUAGUUUGAGUCCCGGUCUCUCACCAAAUGGACGUUCUGAGAACGAUCGACCAUCCUCGGCCGCCACAUCGAUUUCAGAGACCUCGAUGGCGGCCAUCAUACACCACGAUGAUGAGGAUUCAGACGGCGAAGAACAAGAUAUUCGGGAAGUCUGGUUUGCUGGAUGCCACGCGGAUAUUGGAGGUGGAUGGCCCCUUGGGGAUGGCGAAGAUUCAGCUCUAAGUCAUAUUCCUCUUGUGUGGAUGGUUAAAGAAGCACAAAGCGCCGGCCUCCACUUCGACGAGGUCAAGCUUAAGGCCCUCAAUUGUUGUCCCGACGACAUUCUGAGAAGCAAAUCAACUGUAGUCCCGCAGAUCGAAAUUGACCCAGCAUCGCCUGAUCCCGAGAUUGGGCCCUCAUCAGGACUUCAGCAUCGUCUUCGGCCGCAUACGACAACUAGCUGUGUCGGAUCCAAGCCCUCUCGGUUCCACACGUUGUUGGAGUCUGCUGCCUGCCACGGGAAGAUACACGACGUGUUGCAAUUUGGAAACGGCGUGUCACGGGCGUCUGUCGUCUCAUGGAACAUCAUGGAAUACUUGCCUUUCCGCCGAAUGGACUUGCAAGAAGAUGGCUCUUGGAAGAGCAUUGCUUGGCCCUUGCCGAAAGGCGAAACCAGGGACGUUCCAGACAAUGUUGUAAUUCACAAUUCCGUGGUUAAGCGCAUGGAAACGAAUCCUGACUACAGACCCGGAAAUCUCAUUGUCGGUGGAGGCGGCAGAGGCGUUCGAAAGGCGCCUGCACAGUAUGGGAUGGGGAAGUGGAUCGUCGAUCGUGGGGAAGGCGACCCUGUUAGUGAGGUACUUGUGCGGGCUGCUCCGCCGGAAAAGAAGAGAUCAGAGAACGGUGUCACAAACAUGGGCCAUACUCCGUUUGGUCCUCAAGGUGUUUGGAUUUCUGCAAACAGAUAAGUUGAACCAGCAAUAUUUGGCUGUGUAGAAUAAGCUAAAGCACAACUUUAUGGCGCCCCUUCCUGGCUAUUGGCUCACUCAGCGCAAUACCGUAUAUCUAUCCUUCUGUUGUAGCUAGCUUUCUCACUCACUAUCAACCAAUACAAUACUUGACCCUCU